GUUUCGAUCUACUUUAUUACAGCUUUCUUUUAUCCAGAGUCAGUAUGACUCCUCCCUAUUUCUUUGUAAAACAUCUACAGAUAUUGUUCUUUUACUUGUGUAUGUGGAUGAUAUUGUUAUCACUGGCACGGGUUCUGGUUUGAUAACUCAACUCUAGCAGCAUCUACAGGCUUCCUUUCACAUGAAGGAUCUUGGUCUACCACUUACAUAUUUUUUGGGUUUGGAAGUACACACUGAUUCCACAGGUAUAUCUUUGAACCAACACAAAUAUAUCCAAGACUUGAUCACUUUGACUGGUCUUCAAGAUUCUUCUUCUGUCGGGACUCCUCUGGAAGUCAAUGUUAAAUAUCGUCGUGAAGAGGGUGAGCUCCUUCCUGAUCCGACUAUCUUUCGUCGUUUAGUUGGGAGCCUCAACUACUUGACCAUCACUAGGCCUGAUAUAUCAUUCGUAGUCCAGCAAGUCAGUCAGUUUAUGCAAACUAUACGACAUCUUCAUCUUGUGGCAGUUUGUCACAUCAUUCGGUAUCUCCAAGAUUGGGCCGGUUGCCUUGAUACUCGUCGUUCUGUUACGGGUUGGUGUAUGUUUCUUGGUAAUUCUUUGAUCUCCUGGAAGAGUAAAAAGCAGGUACGUGUGUCUAAAUCUUCAACUGAAUGUGAAUACCGUGCCAUGUACGCUGCCUAUUCUGAGAUUAUUUAGCUCCGUGGGCUUUUAGCUGAACUUGGCUUUCCUCGGUCUAAUCCUACACCCCUUCAUGCGGACAACACUAGUGCUAUUCAGAUUGCUGUAAAUCUAAUAUAUCAUGAGCGUACAAAGCAUAUCGAAGUAGAUUGUGACUCAAUUCGAGAGGCUUUUGAUGCAAAUAUUAUUUCUCUUCCGCAUAUCUCUACUGAUCUACAGAUUGCCGACAUAUUCACCAAAGCCAUGACACGACAACGUCAUCUCUUUCUUGUGGGCAAAUUGAUGUCAAUUCUUGAUCACCCGCAUCAAUUUGAGGGGGAUGUCAAUUAGAUAGAAAGAGUAAUUGACGGCCAGCAAGUAAUUAACGUUAGAAUUAGAGAUGCUUUGUAUAGCUUUGUAUAUUAGUUGUAAUUGGUAGAAAAUUGCUCAGUUUCCAUUUAUGUACAGUGAUAGUUAACAUUCGGCCAUGGAAUUUGCCUUAUUAUUCCUAUAUAUACAAAGGAACCCUCACAAUGAGGAUUAUCGAGUUAAAAAGGAGAAAUUGAAUACCUUGACAUCCAAUUGUACU